AUGUUAUAUUCUCCCAAUUAUGUAUAUAAGCAUGGAGUAGUGGACAAGAGUUCUAUCUAUUAUCUUUCUAUCUUUUUAAUGUCUAUUUAAAUGUUGACGGAAUUCUGUGUCCAUGCGAUAAAGAUAUACGGAAGUGAGGUUCCAGGUGUAAGGGUGACUGGAUUGUGCCGAAGUUUUGUGGAUUUUGGAAUUACCACCUUUUGAUGGAGGCGUGAGUUCAUUUCACAAAAUGAUGCACUAUAAAAAAGGAAAGAAUGUAGAGGAGGAGCUGACACGUGAGAAUAUUCCCAUCGAGUGUUUGCCUGCCGAUUAUCUGUGGAUGCAUGUAAAAGGCGGCACGAAAGUUUCAAACGUCUUGGAAUUUGCAAAAAAAACUCUCGACAAUGGUGAACAUCGUUCAAUUGUGUGGAGCGGCUCAGGCGGUGGAGUAGGCAAGACAAUUUCGUGUGCAGAAAUUCUUAAAAGAAAUUAUCCUAUUCAUCAAGUAACACGCUUGUGUUAUCGAAAGGUGGAGGAGUAUUGGGAACCUCAAAUGCCGGGGUUGGAGGAAAUUGUCGCUACGAGACAGAUACCAUGCAUACAUAUCUUGACAACAUUGGAUGAGUUGGAUAAGACUAUUCUGGGGUACCAGGACUCUAAAACAAAAACUUCUCUCUGGAUUGAACGGGAAGCUAAGCCAAGAGGUCAACAACGAAAUUCACAACCUGGUGGAAGCGGUGAAAAUAAAAAGAAAUUCCGGCAAGGCCAAGGACAAGGGUCGAAGCAGAAUAGGAAGUCGAAGCACCAAAAGGACCAAUCAAAAGAUAAUAGUCGUAAUGCUCCUGAAAAGAUGGAAACAUGAAAAAAUUUUCUUGUUUUCUCUUUAAUUUAUAAUAAAACAAAAUAAUUGUCGCUAAA